UACAUUUUUACGUUUUAUCAUUUAGUGUUUAGUUUUAUGCUUUAUUUAUACUUUUUUUUUAUCAUUUUAUCAAUUUCUAUUUAUCCCUUAGACACAAUCACUUCGACAACCGUACGUACCAAUAUCGUCCCCUUGUUGCGAUGGGCCUCCAGUGUGGGAGAAAUCAAUUAUACUUUCUCGGCCUUAUCGCCAGACAUGUGUGUGAGUCCAGACCCUCGGGAGAUAACAGGCGCCUUGUGAAGACAGCCAUGCCCAGGAGGACGUUCCGAGGACAGUUUAGGCUUGCAGGAGGGCCGCGAAAGCACACCCGAGGCUGGUGUAGCUUUUCAGUAGUGUUUGAGGUACUUAAGUGCAUGAUAUAGCUGCGUCUUCUCCGAUCCCAAGCUGCGCUGUCCUGUUGGUUGCCCUUAGUGGGACACUGGACAAGCCAGCCACGCAGCAAGCAGGACAAGAUGGAGAUGAGCUACUACUUCUCAGGGACGGUCCAUGACUUCCUCUUCUCCGGUGUCAAUGUCCUCACAACAUGGGGCAUGGUGUCCCUGUGCAUGGGCCUGAUGUCCCUCUCCCUGCUGGCCGAGGGGUUCAAGGUGGCCCGCUCCUUGCUGCAGAAGGUGGCCACGUCCUCCAUUGACUCUGGCUGCCGGAGAUACAACGUCAGCGAAAGGUCUCCACUCAUACCUCGUGCUUCCCACUCAGACUCUGAGAUGCAAAGGCUGUUGUAUUUCCACAGAGUGAGGUUCCACAUCCUGCAGACAUUCCUCCACAUUGUGCAGCUGACCAUUGGCUACAUGCUCAUGCUGUCGGUGAUGACCUACAAUGCGUACUUCACCCUGGCCGUGGUGGGCGGUGCGGGUCUUGGCUACUACUGCUUUGCUCUCUUUGACCUCCCAAGUAAGAUUCUGGGCAGCCACAUGUCUCGCCCAGCCCAGUGGCCAGCAGGCAACCCUCCCCCACACCUGUCUGAAGCUGUCUCCCUCAAGCGGGCCGCAGAAGAUGCCAAUGAAUUUUCAAUAAACACCAACCUCCCUGCAAACUUGACAUCAGUCCUUGAAAGUGAUGAGAAGGAUGGACAGAAGGUGAAGUGUGGGCAGCAGAACGAGUGCAAGAAGGAAAGCUCACUGCCGCCUGUAACUUCCUUGAUCCAGCUCACUGAUAGCUAAGCCAGCAUGAGGACAGAGGGCAGGAGAGGAGAGUGAGGGAGAGAGAAGGAGAGGCUGUGUUAGGAUGCAGGAGCUAAGAGGUAAGGGAGUAGAUGGUGUAGAUGUGAAGGGAAGAUUAAUGUAGAUGGAAAAAUGCACACCACCUUUGUGAGUGACACUGUUCUACCUGAAGUCGUAAAUGGUACAGCAACUCUAAUGUGUUGCUUUGUACUUUGACGAUCACCUAAUUUUACCAUAGCUGCAAUAGACAAUGAAUGCUCCCAGUGAAUAUUUUGUACUUGAGAUGUAUUUUUAUAACUUCAUUAGAUAAGAAUACUCAUUGCACAUGUUUGAAGAUUGCAAGGUGCCUGGAUCAAUAUUUGUCAAGAGUUUUGGUCUCGUAAGGUUCAGCUGUUCUAUUAGCACUUGCAGUUGUGUACAUAUAUCAAAGGGGUUGUUUUAAGGAAGACACAUUGGUGGUUCUCUGUUAAUGGUUGUUGCUUGCAAGACUGGUUAGAUUUUGGAUUUAGACAGAACGCAUUUGAAGAUAUGUACUUUGUAUUUUUUAUUGUAUCGUUUUUAGCAUUUACUCUUUACCAGAAUGCUACUGGCAUUAUUCUGGUCAUUGUUACAGUAUUCGUAAAUAAUAAAAUUGGCUGAUAUUUGAAAGUUUGUUCUGGCAGACAUACAGAUAGGUUUUCAUCAAACUACAGCAGAAAUUAUGUGCCUUGAAUCAGCUUUUAAAAUAUAUAAAAGCCAUUAGGUAGUUCUGUAGGAGAGUGCUCAGCUUUUGCUUUCAAGAACAAGAGUUACUCUGCACCCAGGGCGGUGGUGGUUCCUGUACAGCCAAGUGUGUGCUCCAAGCUGCAUUGGUGAGGGAUUAUUUAUUGUCUUAAAAAUAUGUUGUUGGCUGCACUGGGCAAGUUUGUGAUGUGCAGAAGAUUUAGGUUUAUUUGCACCUUAUUGUGCAUCAGCUCUGCCAGAACAUCUCAUUCCUGUUUUGGCUUCACGGAGGGAGGACGUGUCGUAAGUGGCGGGUGUGUCACAGCCAAUGUUUUAAGGAAGUGAUAAAUUGGUCUUGUUAUUUUGUAUUAAGGUCAUUAUAUAUUUGAAGUCCAUACAA